CACAAACAAAAAAUGGAAAACCAAAACCAAACAGGAGAAGGAGAAGAUGCAACAAGAUCAUUCCCUUGCUUAUACUGUUCUAGAAAGUUCCACAGCUCACAAGCUUUGGGUGGCCAUCAAAAUGCACACAAGAAGGAGAGAAGUGCAGCAAGAAAGACCAAAAGGUCAAACUCCCAAGAAUAUGCCUUCCUCAACUCCCUCUCUUCUUUCCCUCAAACUUCACUGGUUUUUUCUCCCAACCAGCAUCCCCUGGGCCUCUACAUAUCAGCACAUUCAGCCACCAUGUGCCAGUACCCGGGCCGGUUCGGGCUCGGUGGCAGCGUCCCGCGGGUUGAGCCCCACUACCGCGGGAACUGCUUGAAUAGCAACCCUUACUUGUAUGAAGAAGCUGAGGAUCAUCAGAGCUUUAGGAGUUGGGAGAAGAUUCAGCAAAGAUGCAGCAGCACUAAUCAUAAUGAUGGGUUUAAGAGUGUGUUAGAUGUUAAUCAUCAUAACCAUAAUAAUACUAAUUAUGGUAUUAAGGGUGAUGAUGGAUUUGGAGAUUGUAAGAGUCAAACGCUUGAUUUGUCUCUCCAUUUAUAGACCGACAACAAAGAUAUCCAGAGCUAGCUAGUUUGUAGUAGUUGAGUGUUCUUUCUUGGUCGAUUUUUGUUCACUACUUCAUCACCUGUUACAUUUUUCCAAUAAAACAUUGUGCGAGGCUGAUAAAUUCACUAUUUGGUAUUUCUGCG